AUGCCCAAUAGCUUUGACUCGCGUCCAUCAGAUUUUAAUGACGGGAUGGAAGCUCUUCUCAUGGGAGCUGCAGAGCCUGUCAAUGUAUGCGAAGGGGACCAAUUGAUAUCCCAGGUUCGAAGCUGUACCCCCGACUCUGCGCUGAGUCACGAUUAUAAGAACUGUCCUGGUCAAGGUGGGUAUGGCCAAGGCCUCCCAGUGUACCCUUGUGGGUGCUACCAGUAUGGAAAGACAAUGCUGGGCGUUUACGGAGUCAACCUCCGAGAGCUGGGGUAUCCUGAGACUGAGGAUGCGUCUGGAGCUGAACAACACAAGAGAAUCGAACAGGAGAUUAAUGAUUGGAAUGCGCAAGUCGAAAAUGGUAGCGGUGAAAUGCUGCCUCCAAAACGAAAGAGAUCAACAUCAGAUGUCGGAAAUGUUACACCACGCCAAUUUGGUCAAGAUAUGACUAAUAUCAGACGCGCUAUGUCAACGCCAGUGCUUGAACUGUCGCAAAAGUUUAAGCGCAGGAAGCUGGGAAAAGCUAUUGAGUUGAAAGGAAGUACGACUCACGAAACUUUGCUUAAAGUAGGGAAGGACGUCGAAGCUGCGAUUGAUAGGCAAACAGAGAUGCUUUCCAAGCUUUAUGACCUUUUGGAGAGCCGUGCCAGCCUGAAUACCUCUGACAAUAUGGGAGGGUGUUUCAAUGCUAGACCAGUGCAAUGUGACGGAGGAGUUGGCCAGCGUCUCACAGGAGACAAAGAUACCACCAGGAGGUUCUCACUGGAGUAG